CCGCCAGUUACUCAAGCAGUCGCAGUCGUUCGCCAGAACGUUCAAAACGUUACAGUCGCCGCUUAAAUUUUCUGAAAAUUAGUCAGUCAGUCUGCCAGUUCAGCCAGUCAGUCAGUCCUACGCCCAUCAGAUAUCUCGGGAUCUCUUGGACCGAGACCCGCGUGUCGAUAAUAUCCCGAAAAAGAGAAAAGUCGCGUAGCAGGCACAUGUUUCACAAAACUUCAUAACGGAACCGGAACACGUUGCGCGAUAUAUUCGGAAAAUCGUAUCCAGCAGAGAUAUAUAACAUUUUUCGAGAGACUCUCCAAAGUAAAUACACACGUACCCGCGCCGCACACAUGACCACCACAUUGACCAUGGUAAAGACGGGUGGAAAAUACGCCAACGAAAAAUUCUUCGGAGUGCGGCAUGUCCAGUGCGUCCUGUGCUUCUUCUGCCUGGCGAUGAGCUACGCCUGGCGGGUGAACCUCAGUGUGGCACUGGUGGCCAUGGCGCCGCCCAAAUCGGACAACAGCACCACCGACUCGUUGGCUGAUAAUGGAACGCAUAACUCAGCAGGACUCUUGGACGCCGACCAAUACUACAACUUCACCGAAACGCAGAGUUCCACCAUGCUGAGCAGCUUCUUCUUCGGCUACAUCGUCACCCAGGUCCCUGGAGGAUACAUCGCCCAGCGCUACGGAGCCAAGAUCCUGCUGAUGUGGGGACUGGGAAUCGCCGCCGUGAUGACGAUGAUCUCGCCGUUCGCUCUGAAGUUCGGAGGAUGGUUUGCUCUAUGUGGUGUGCGAUUCGCCAUGGGCCUCAGCCAGGGUGCAGUGCAUCCAGCCACUCACUCGCUGCUCUCGAAAUGGUCGCCAGCGGAGGAACGAGGAAUUCUGGGAACCAUUUGCUACUCUGGUGCUCAGUUCGGAACUGUGGUGAUGCUGGCCACUAGUGGAUUCAUUGCCGACUCCUUCCUGGGCUGGCCAAGCAUCUUCUAUUUGGGUGGAGCUUGCGGAUUCAUCUGGAUAUUGUUCUGGCACUUCUUCUCGGCGAGCACGCCCGAGGAGCACAAAAUGAUUUCCGAGGGAGAACUGAAGUUCAUCACGGAGUCCCGCAGCGACGGAAAGAUGCAGUCUGCCGAGAAACUAGCGCCCACUCCCUGGCUGGCCAUCUUCAGCUCUAUGCCCUUCAUCUCGCUCUUGGUGGUGCACUGCACCCACAUGUUCGGCUUCUGGCUGCUGCUCACCCAGAUUCCCAGCUACAUGAAGAACAUCUACGACGUGAACAUCAAAGAGAGUGCUCUACUGUCGUCUUUGCCCUACAUGGUGAUGCUGCUCAUGAGCUUCUUCUUCGUGUGGCUGUCCAAGGUCCUGCAGCGCAAGGAGGGAGUAUCCUUGUCCCUGAACCGGAAACUGUUCAACAGCAUUGGCCACUGGAUUCCGGUGUUCUCGUUGAUCGCCCUGGGCUAUGUGCCGCAGGAAGAUGCCCCUCUGGCGGUGACUCUUCUCUGCCUGACGGUGGGCAUUAGUGCAGCCACCUAUCUGGGCUUCCAAGUGAACCACAUUGAUCUGUCCCCGAACUACGCCGGCACUCUGAUGGGUCUCACGAACGGAGCUGCCAAUGUGAUGAGCGGUAUUGCUCCUCUGGCUGUGGGCCAGAUUGUCCAGGAUAGGUCGAGCGUCAGUGACUGGCGAUUGGUAUUCUUCCUGGCCGCCGCGUUCUAUUUCGUGGGGAACUUGCUGUUCAUCAUCUUUGGACGCACGGAAGUCCAGUGGUGGGAUUCUCCACGGGAUCGGGAAAACCGCGAAGAUGCCGAGCAGGGAACACCACUGGCUCCCAAUGGCCACAACAAGUAGAAGGGCCUUCGGCCUCCAGGCAUCCCAAAUCCUGAAGAAUCCAUCAUCGGGGCUGUUGUUUCGUAGUUUCUUAAGAUUUAGUUAGUUAGUCACUAGAUAAAAGCUGAAAGGUUAAAUUUAGUGAGAAUCGCGUGCUUCCAUUAGCGAUAUUAUACGGUAAUUGAUUAGUCGUAAGGCAGCGUAAAUUAUUAUUGUUUGCAGUAUUUUCCAUUACAUGUACAUAAACAAAAAAAUUAAACUUGCAACUCGAGAAAGCGUUCAGUGUAAAUAGGCUGCUAAACAACACACCUCUAGUAAUUGUUAUGUUUUAGUUUUAAGCUAGGAGCUACGUUAACCAAUCUUGUGAUGAAACAAAGUAAACUAAAAAAGGCAAAAAGAAAACAAAAUCAAAAUAUCAAGACAAGCCAUGAAUAAAACAGCUCAUAUGGUAGCUGAAUUUAGUCAAACUGUAACAAAA